UAUUUGAAUCCAGGAGGGGAUGUGUCCCCCACAACCCCCCCAUCAGGACCCCCCGUGGGCCUUGGCUCGGCCGCUCCAGGAGCCUGUAAGGAGCUCGAGCUGUGAUUGUUCUCUGCCCAUUCAUUUCUCGGAGGGGAGGAGUUAGCGGAGCAAGAGAGGGGGUCAUAACAAAAUGUGUGUCCCCGACUAAAAGCAACACUAUUUCCGCCCUUGUCCUUUGCCGUCCUGAGUAUCCUAUCUUUGCGAGGAGCUUUUAAAUGGACUCUAAAACGAGGCUGAGCUGAUAGUGGUUGUGACUGACAGUCCGCUCUCCGUCUGUCGCUCCUCACUGUCUGAACCGAGGCUGAGGAUGGAUACGAACUUUUCGCCGGCUGCGAUCUUGUCAGCAGUCCUGCUAACCGUCGUGUGGUCAACCUCUACAGCUUUUCUGAAGCCCUACGACCUCUUAUAUGACAACGCGGUGCAGGCGUUUUACAACGGAGACUAUAAUAAUGUGGUGCGCUACAUGGAGGGAGCGCUCAGCAGCUACAAAGAAGUCCGGCGCACCAGAGUCCGGUGCCGGCUGAGGUGCCAGGACCAGCAUCCGUUUGAUGAGACCUUCUCGGACCUGCGCUUCUUCGACGUGGUCCUCCGGAGAGCAGCGUGUAUGAACAGAUGCUGCGAGGAGAAACUUGGCUCGCAGUCCGUGCAUAAAGUCAGCGAGGAUGUAGUGCAGGACUUCAACAGGAGGAUCCCCUACAACUAUCUUCAGCUUGCUUAUCAGAAGCUGAAGCAGCCCGACAAAGCAGCUGCAGCAGCUCACACCUAUUUCCAGGCCAACCCUGAACAUGUGGAGAUGGGUCAGAACCUGGAGCAGUACAAAGACCUGCAGGGCGUUGAAGAGGACCACUUUGUGGACCGAGAAGCCCGGCCUCACCAGCGCUCCUUCACAGCAGCAGUCAGGGUAUACGACCAAGGCGACUACGAGGGAGCCAUCGCUCUGUUUGAAGAUGCUCUGGUCGAGUACUUUAAGGCAGACGUGGAGUGUCGAGUCCUGUGUCAAUGGCCGCAGAGGUUUGAGGGCUACGACUACCUCCGCUACCGCUACAGCCUUCAUGAAGUCAUAUCAGAUCACUUCACUCAGGUGCUGCACUGUGAGCAUGAGUGUGUUCGAGACUUGGCCACCCGACCAGGCCGCCUCUCACCCAUGGAGAACUACCUGCCUCUGCACUACGACUACCUUCAGUUUGCUUACUUUCAGGUGGACAAGCUGGAGGAGGCGCUAGAGUGUGCUCUGACCUACUUGUUAUUCCACGAGGGAGAAGAAUUUGUUAUGGAAAAUGUGGAUUACUACAGAGAGAUGCUGGGACACGAUGGCAAGCCGAGAGAGGAAGUUGCCUGGUACCUGAGGAGACACAAACAGGAACUGGAGCUCCUACUGAUUGGCAGUAAAACCAUGGGUGUGGAAUUUAUUGAAGGGAAUUACUGGAGCAGCACAGGUGGAAGAGAUGACUCAAACAGGAUUCCCUCUGGUACCGACGGCUGGAUGGAUUAUGUUCCCAUCUCAGAGAAGAAGAACGUUGCUGUCGCUGCUCCGCAACUCAAAGAAGGUGGCCCUUUGCUGUAUGACAACGUGCAGCUGGUGCAGAACUCUGUGGCCUUGAAUGGGAGCCAGCGGGUGCUGCUGGAUCAUGUUAUAACUGAGGAGGAGUGUUCAGACCUGAGACACCUGGCACAUGCUGUUACCAUGGCAGGGGAUGGUUACAGAGGGAGAAUGUCUCCACACACUCCCAAUGAGAAGUUUGAAGGAGCCACUGUACUCAAAACCCUGCAGUAUGGCUACGAGGGCAGAGUGCCGAUGAGGAGCGCUCGCCUGUUCUAUGAUAUCAGUGAACGAGCCAGAAGGAUUAUUGAGUCUUACUUCCUGCUCAACUCUACCUUGCACUUCUCCUACACGCACCUGGUGUGCCGGACAGCCAUCACAGGCCAGCAAGAUCACAGGAAUGACCUGAGCCAUCCCAUCCAUGCUGACAACUGUCUGCUGGACCCUGAGGCCAAUGAGUGCUGGAAGGAACCACCAGCAUAUACAUACAGAGACUACAGUGCACUGUUAUAUCUAAAUGGAGAUUUUGAAGGAGGGGAGUUCAUAUUCACAGAAAUGGAUGCCAAAACAGUCACGGCAUCAGUGAAGCCUAAGUGUGGCAGGAUGGUGGGUUUCUCAUCAGGGGGGGAAAAUCCACAUGGAGUGAAGGCCGUCACCAGCGGGCAGAGGUGUGCUGUCGCUUUGUGGUUCACCCUGGACCCGCUCUUCAGAGAACUGGAGAGACUGCAGGCAGAUGAGGUGAUCCAGGCGUUGGACACACAGUCUGUGUGGGGUCAGGGCCUCAACAUCAACCCUAAAGAUGAACUGUAGAAGCGGAAAAACCCCAUCCCCUCCUAUCAAGUCCUUCUAUAUAUUUUAACUAUUUAUUGAAUUGACAUUUGGAUCAGAACGUUUCUAUUUUUGUACUGUUUGAAGUGCAAGAUUAACAAUAUUGUCAUUUUUGUGUUGUUGGUCCUGUGUUUUUGUUCCAUGCUUCUCUACAUACCAGUACUUGAGUUUUCGGUUCUUUGUCUGUCCUCCCAGUGACAGCCUCCGGUAGAGGAAAUUGUCCGUUUCACUUGUUCUCUUUGUUCUCUUUUUCUUGGUGAGUUGGCAAAGUUUCAUGUAAGACUGCUUGGACCUGUAAUUUCCCUAAACUGUGAAGAAGCCAUAGAGAAGAACGGUGGCUGGCAAUUUUCAUUCUCACUUUAACUUAUGUUUGUUCUUGUUCUGGACAACAUGUUCAAUUCAUUCAACAAAAACACUAUUUACAGAUAUUAUUUUCAGUGGUCAUUAUUUAUAAGAUAAUAUUACAUUCAGUCUUCACAAAUGGUACUGUUACAUAUGCUAUUACUAACAACUUUGUGUUUUUCAGUAUUUUUUUUCAGUGCCAGUAAUAAUUUAAUAAAUGUAGGCAGUGCACUGCUUUUCUAAUUGGGUAUCUGAUAUUCAAAUGGAACUCAUACAAAGACUUUAAGAAAGAGAUGUGUUCUAAUAUGCUGAAUACUUAGAGAUCAUGCACUCUGUCCUUCUCUGUCUGUCAAGCCUGGAAAUGAAAAUGUCUACUGUCACUGCUUUUGUCCACUUUUCCUCAUGUUGUUGGCACGAGGAAUCACUCCCCUCCCUUCUGGGCACACAGAGCAGAAUACUGGUUUAUGUGUUCACUGACAUGAGAACAUGGUGUAUGUGUGUGUGGUGUACUUUUAUUUAUGUGUUUGUAAUAAUAGACAGCUGCUGUUGUAACUGUCUGCAUUUAAUAUGAGGAGCUUUUAUUCAUAAAAGAUGUCAGUCAUUCCUGUUUCAAGGAAUACAUAUUUGUUCGGUCUUUUAUGUCUUUAUCUUUGUAUUAAUGAUAAUACAGAUAAUAGGCCGAGUCGUGCACUGUAAAUCCAUUGUAAAGAAACAUACAAAGAGUAGCCUUUUUUAAGAUAGAUCCAAACUGCUAAACAGAAACUUAAUCCUGUCAUUUAUGAGGUUGGCCACUCCACUUCUGUUUCACUGAUAUUUAAUUCUGAAAUGCUGUAGCACACAAAAAUGUAUGUGUACAUGCCUAUAAAUUAAAAAUAGUAUAUAUAUUCA